AUGGCGAGCAGCCCAACUACCACGUCAACGCCUCCUCGCUUCCCGGAAAAGUAUGGCCUUGUGUCAUCGGACGGUGUGAAGGUCACCGUACCGGCCAGUAUCCUUCGUCAAAGUCAGCCGCUGUGGAACAUGAUUGAGAGCAACGGGUACAACUCCGAGCCGAUACCGUUCUGCGAUCCCGUCAUAGAGGCCUCGCACAUCGUCAGACUGUUCAUUGACCUCAUGACGGGUGUCAAGAUCGCAAACAGCAUUAUCAACCCCGGUCAUCAGGCGGCCCAUUUCGUCUCCACUGGGGUGAACCAAGAAACCGCUCUCUGUCAGACCCUCCUGUUCGCGCACAAGUGGGAGUUUGAAACAGCCUCGCACCUCGUCAAGGCGAAUCUGGCGCUCAUCCUCCGUCUCUCGCCUCACAUGACUGCCAUCUCAUCAUCCCACCCCGAGAUCGGUUUUACCACGUUCCGCACAGCGGCAUGCCUUGACGACGAGCAGCUCGCGGUAAAAGCGGUGGCGGCAAUGGAAGGCCAGAAAAACAGCACCAAUUUCCAUUACCGGUUCGACUACGACAAGUCUGGUAACACCAUUCCCCAUGUGCCCAGGACGGAUGUGGGUACUUGGUCGCUGGAAGACUUCAUGGACGUACCGCACACUUAUCUCUAUGCUUUGGCUAGAGCCGGCAUGGCUGCCCACGAGAAGUACAGCCAAGCCAAACUUUACUCCCGGGACGUUGGAGAGCGGUUCCAACAUUUUCUCAAUAUCGCGAAAAGUGAGUCUGCGGGCAUCGUUAGUGCUAACCGUUAG